GAGUAGGUGGGGCCUGAGACUGCUGGCUGAAGCUGAGGUCUGUGCAGCUGGUCCUGCCUGUGUUGCUGCUGACAGGGACGCCUGAGAGGCAGCUGCAGCAGCAGCCACAUCCCGCAUAUAACUGUCCUGCUUAACUUGCUUCUGUCUUCACUGCCUCUUGCAACUCUUCCUCCUGCAGCGCUCCCGAUAACUCCUGCACAGCCACUGCAGACCUGGGGAGAGAGAGGCCGGGUGUGGAGGCUUUCUGAGGAUUAAAUCAGCUUUCGGAAUCACAGCCCUGCAAGCUAGUCCCGAAGAGCAGCUGAGCUGUUGCAAGUUUACUCUACGCGAAUGGACUUGACCCAGCCUUUACUUAGUGGCUUCAUGUUUUAACCUCUUCCCAGCCUCUAUUUUCUUUCUGCCUACUGCUCCCUCCUGUAUUGUGGAGAGCCCCAUAACAUUAGCAGGGGUCACAGGCAUUAGAGUCACAGGCUGGGGGCUGUUAAGGAAGAUUAACCCUUUCCUUUUCUUGUGUGUGUGCAAAGCCUGACUUUCCCUUUUCUAUUAUUCCCUCAUUGCAUUUUAAUUGCACAUUUUGCCUGUUGUUACCCCCACCCCCACCCCUUGUUAUUCCCCUGGAUUUGCACAUUUUCCUCUCCCUGAUUAAAGAGGUGUCACGGGUGAUGACGGUUUUUCUGUUGCGAGUUUUCUUCCUGCUGGUGCUAAGUUCUAGCCGGACCUUUGCAGAGCCCUUUGUGGCCAAUGGCAAGUGUCCAGCUCGUUGCGAUGUCUCCAAGUGCCCAAGCCCCAGCUGCCCAAGCGGCUACGUCCCCGAUCGUUGCAACUGCUGCCUCAUCUGUGCUGCGGGAGAAGGUGAUUCCUGUGGCCGCAAGGAAGACCCACCAUGCGGGGACAGCAUGGAUUGCAAGCACCCCAUGGGCAAACGCUUCGGUAAAGGGGUAUGCCAGUGCAAGCUCAGCUACCAGGUGUGCGGCAGCGAUGGCAGGACCUAUGACAAUGUGUGUCAGCUGAAGGCGGUGAGCCGUAAGGCUUUGCAACAGGGGUUGCCAGCUGUCAUCCAGAUCCAGAAAGGCGCCUGUGAAUCGGGUCACCAACAGCCCAACAGCCCAAGAUACAAGUUUAACUUCAUUGCAGAUGUGGUGGAAAAGAUUGCACCUGCAGUUGUACACAUUGAACUUUUCCUGAGACAUCCUCUCUUUGGCCGAAAUGUCCCCUUGUCCAGUGGAUCUGGGUUUAUAAUGUCAGACUCGGGUUUAAUUGUAACCAAUGCCCACGUGGUGUCAAGCAGCAAUGCUAUAUCAGGGCGACAACAGUUAAAAGUGCAGCUACAGAAUGGAGAUACCUAUGAAGCAACAAUCAAAGACAUUGACAAGAAGUCUGAUAUAGCAACAAUAAAGAUUCAUCCUAAAAAAAAACUGCCCGUAUUAUUACUGGGCCACUCAGCUGAUCUGCGUCCUGGGGAGUUUGUCGUGGCUAUUGGGAGCCCUUUUGCCUUGCAGAACACUGUGACAACAGGUAUUGUCAGCACUGCUCAGCGAGAUGGAAAGGAGCUAGGCCUGAGGGACUCGGAUAUGGAUUACAUUCAGACAGAUGCCAUUAUCAAUUAUGGAAACUCAGGAGGACCUCUGGUUAAUUUGGAUGGUGAAGUGAUUGGAAUAAACACUUUAAAGGUUACUGCUGGAAUUUCCUUUGCUAUUCCUUCCGAUCGCAUCUCUCAGUUCCUCACAGAGUCACAUGACAAACAAAAUAAAGAUGGGAAAAAACGCUUCAUUGGCAUAAGGAUGCUGACAAUAACACCCAUUCUUGUGGAAGAACUAAAACUCAAUAAUCCUGACUUUCCUGAUGUCAGCAGUGGAAUUUAUGUACACGAAGUUGUCCCAAAUUCACCUUCUCAGAGAGGUGGCAUCAAAGACGGAGACAUCAUUGUCAAAGUAAAUGGACGCCCUUUGAUGACCUCCAGUGACCUGCAAGAGGCUGUGAUGAAUGAGUCACCUCUACUACUUGAAGUUCGAAGGGGAAAUGAUGACUUGCUAUUUAACAUAGAGCCUGAAGUUGUCAUGUAAAUCGAACUGAGGAAGCUCACACCAUAACUAAACUCACUUAUUCUGAAACAUCAGAUACCUCCUUUACAGCUGCAGUGAUUAUACUUCCUGUUGACUAAUGACAAGGUGGACUAACUUGAUUGCCUGAGCCAUGUCUGUACAUAGUAGUUAAAUUUAAUUAGGUUACAAAAUGAAAACAAACGUGAUUUUACCUUCAAAGUAAUUUCGUUAAAAAAUAUUUUGAGGAUAACAAUAAACAACCCCACAAUGUGUGUAAAUUGGGCACAUUAAUUAUAUGUCUGCCAUUGCAGGGGCCUCGGGCACUGGUGCACUUCGGCCCUUCUGUUCUCUGCCUGUGGCCGGGGCGGCUCCAAGCACCAGCGCAGCAAGCGUGUGCCUGGGGCCGCAAGCCGCGGGGGGCGGUGUGCCGGUUGCCAUGAGGGCGGCAAUCAGGCAGCCUUCGGCGGCAUGCCUGCAGGAGGUCCACUGGUCCUGCGGCUUCGGUGGCAAUUCGGCAGUGGGUACGCCUAAGGUGCAGGACCGGCAUAUCACCCGCAGAAACGCCGCCGAAUCCGGGUGAUCCGUGGACCGCCUGCAGGUGUGCCGCUGAAGGCUGCCUGACUGCCAUGCUUGGGGCGGCAAAAAACAUAGAACUGCCCCUGCCUAUGGCACAUAAUAGUCUAAUCUCCUGUGACCGUAAUGCUUCGGUCUAAUUUUGGUUGUUGGCUUUAGUGUGUGGGUACUGGGUGGUAUUGAUGGCCUGUGAUGUACAGGAGUUCAGACUGGAACUGGUGGUCCCGCUGGCCUUAAACUCUAUGACUCUUUCUGGGGUGUCACUAUAGAAACUGGCUCCAACCCCAGUCCCAUUAAAUUUAAUAGAAGUUUUGCCAUUGAUGGCAGGGUUAGUCCUGUAAUUUGAAAGUCCAUAACUCCAUCAACAGUGAGGAAACAUGGUUAAAAAGGGGAAAUUGCCAUUGGAUGAUUAUAAGCAGGAUUUUGACACAACAGAACUAAGCUACUUUGACCAAAAGCUGAGCUUUUUUGUUUGUUUGUUUUUGCAUUUUUUGCCUCUUUAAAUGUGAAAUUAGCAUUGGCAAAGCCGUUAUUAGUUCUUGGAGCUUGUACAUUAUAUGUGAAUGCAGGUGGGGAAAAUCUGUAAAUAUAAAAAUAGUAUGAAAGUGGUAACAGGCUAUAGAGUGUUACACCUAGGUCAUGCAAUUCUGGAAUAUAGUAAAUGAUUCUUAUAGAAUUAAUGCUUUAGUUAAAUAUAUAAAAGUCGAAACAAUGUGCAGAAAAAAAAGUUUGAAAAUGCACAGUAUUUUUACAGGGUUUUUUAAAGUCAUGGUACAAAUUAGUUUUUCAUUAUACUGGUACGCUUUGCUGAAGAAUUGAUAUACUACUUAUGCUUGUACUGUAUAUGUUUCUACUGUAAGGAAAUUGAAAUUUGCACAAAUAAAAUUUUGCUUUG